AUGCUUUCACGCAAACGUAUCAUAGCAGGAACAAAUGUACAUAAAGAACCGGAAUUUACAACUUCAGAACGAACAGAAGCUGUUGCUUCAUUUGUUCAACAAAGAAUUUGGCUUCAUGAACAGCUCUAUUUUCAUUCUUCUGACUUUUCUAUCUACAAUAUUUUGGUACCAUUGAUAGUCAAACAAGGUUCAUUGUCGAUCAAACGUAUUCGUUCAAUUUUACUCACAUUAAUUGAACAACAUAGUGUUCUUCGUACUGCUGUUCGUUUUAAUCCACAAAGUAAUCAAAUCGAACAAUAUAUUCAAGCUGCUACCCAUGAAAUUUAUUCAUUUCAACAUUCACAUGGUAUUAGUACAUCAGAAGAGCUUGAUCGAUUACUUACCAAGGAAUCGAUAGGAAAAUUUUUCGAUUUUGAAAAAGGCAAAGUGUUAAGAUGUCAUAUAGUGCAGCGACAAGAUGAUAAUAAUAAUGCUGAUGGUUUAUUAUAUGAAAAUGAUAUAAUUGCUCUCAGUUUUCAUCAUAUUGCAUUUGACAAUAGUUCACUUAUGGCAUUUAUAAAAGCAUUCAAACAAAUAGAUUUGGCUAAUGAGCAACAACCAAUACUAUCAGUUCCACAAUAUAUUGAUUUUGCAUUAUAUGAACAAGCAUUGUUAGCUGAUACAAAUAUAGAUUCAAAAAUGAAUAAAGCACGUCGUUAUUGGUCAAAUCUUAUGAAUGGUUAUGAUUGGAAUCGAAUACAAGAUUUAGUACCUCAUGAAAAUAAAACUGAUCAAAUUCGUUCUGGUCGUGCUUAUUCAACUGCAUUUAGUUUUGAUCAAAAUAUUGUUGAUGCAAUGAUUUCUUUUGCUUCAUCAAAUAAUCUAACAAUGUUUUCAUUAUCUCUUGCUUGUUAUUAUGCAUUUUUAUAUAAAUUAAUUAAUAUGGAUGAUGAUGAUUUAUGUGUUGGAAGUGUUAUAGCUAAUCGAACAAAACAAGAAAUGAAAGAUAUGAUUGACAUGUUUGUUAAUCUUGUACUAUAUCGAAUGAAAAUGGAAGCAAAUAAUUCAUUUGAAUAUCUGAUACGAAAAAUACAACAAUUAAGUAGUGAUGUUUUAGAACAUUCUUGUUUACCUUAUCAACAUAUUAUUAAUUCACAAGAUCAACAAAAUCAUCAAGUAUUACCUUCAACAUUAUUUCAAUAUGAAUCUUUAGUAUCAUCAGUGACAGCAAAGAAUAAUAUUGAAUUUAGUACUAUUGAAGGAAAUUAUAUUCUUGCUGCUUAUUUUGAUCGAGAUGGAUCACAUGGUAAUGGUGUUGCAGCAUUUGAUCUUACUUUUACAAUACCACAUGAUUAUCAUGCACGAACUACAGAGCGUUUUCUUGAUUGUUCAAUUGAUAUAUUUUAA